UCCGGCGGCUGAGAAGGGCAGCGCGGGGGCAGCGCUUUCAGCGGGCGGCGCCGGGCAUGCUCACGCGGCCCGAGCAUGCGCACGACAGUCUAACAGCCCGAUCUGAGGGGAAGCCGUUUCUGGCGCUAACCGUUCCGGGCGGUGUCUCAGUGCAGCCAUGUCUGGCGCGAGGAGACCAGCCCAGCUCGUUCGGCGGCGCCCUCUGUGAGGAGGCGGAGGAGCGGCGGCGGCGGCGGCGGCGGCGGGCAUCCAUGGCGGCGGCCAGGGAUUAGCGAGGGAGACACCGAGCCCAGGAGGGGGGAGGGUAACUGGCCCCCUCUCCUAUAGGGCUCCGGCGGUGGGGACAUGGCUGACCGGAAUGCCCCCAACUGCCACCUGCGGCUAGAGUGGGUCUAUGGCUACCGGGGUCACCAGUGCCGCAACAACCUCUACUACACGGCGGCUAAGGAGAUCGUCUACUUCGUGGCGGGGGUCGGCGUGGUCUACAGCCCCCGGGAGCACCGGCAGAAAUUCUACCUGGGGCACCAGGACGACAUCAUCAGCCUUGCUUUACAUCCUGAACGAGUGUUGGUGGCAACAGGUCAAGUUGGAAAAGAACCAUAUAUCUGUGUUUGGGACUCAUACACUGUGCAAACUAUAUCGAUACUGAAAGAUGUUCACACACAUGGUAUAGCUUGCUUGGCAUUUGACUUAGAUGGGCAGCGUUUGGUCUCAGUGGGUCUGGAUUCAAAAAAUACAAUAUGCGUGUGGGACUGGAGAAAAGGAAAAAUGUUAUCUAUGGCUCCUGGUCAUACAGACAGGAUAUUUGAUAUUUCUUGGGAUUUGUACCAACCAAACAAACUAGUCAGCUGUGGUGUAAAACAUAUUAAGUUCUGGAGCUUGUGUGGCAAUUCGUUGACACCAAAGCGUGGUGUUUUUGGCAAGACUGGUGAUCUCCAAACUAUACUCUGCCUAGCCUGUGCAAGAGAUGAAGUGACACAUUCUGGUGCACUUAAUGGAGAUAUAUAUGUAUGGAAAGGAAUUAAUCUCAUACGGACCAUACAAGGAGCACAUGCUGCAGGAAUUUUCAGCAUGAAUGCAUGUGAGGAAGGUUUUGCCACUGGUGGCAGGGAUGGCUGUGUUCGUCUAUGGGAUUUAAAUUUUAAACCAAUUACUGUGAUUGAUCUCAGGGAAACAGACCAGGGAUAUAAAGGUCUGUCUGUGAGAAGUGUUUGCUGGCGAGGAGACCAUAUCCUAGUUGGGACACAAGACAGUGAAAUUUUUGAGAUUGUUGUGCAUGAACGCAAUAAGCCUUUCCUGAUCAUGCAGGGUCACUGUGAAGGAGAGCUGUGGGCUCUGGCAGUCCAUCCUACAAAACCAUUGGCCAUGACUGGAAGUGAUGACCGAUCAGUGAGAAUUUGGAGCCUAAUAGACCAUGCAUUGAUUGCACGGUGCAAUAUGGAAGAACCAAUUCGCUGUGCAGCUGUUAGUACUGAUGGAAUCCAUCUUGCACUUGGCAUGAAGGAUGGCUCUUUCACUGUACUUAGAGUCAGGGAUAUGACAGAGGUUGUUCAUAUUAAAGACAGGAAAGAAGCCAUUCAUGAAUUAAAAUAUUCACCAGAUGGGACUUUCCUUGCUGUUGGCUCCAAUGACAGCUCUGUUGAUAUUUAUGGUGUUGUUCAGCGGUACAAAAAAGUUGGGGAAUGUGUUGGAUCUGUAAGUUUCAUCACUCAUAUGGACUGGUCUUCAGACAGUAAAUAUUUACAGACCAAUGAUGGCAGUGCGAAAAGACUUUUUUACAAGAUGCCAAGUGGAAAAGAAGUAACAAAUAAAGAAGAAUUAAAAGGCGUCCAGUGGGCUUCAUGGACAUGUGUUUAUGGCCUUGAAGUUAACGGAAUCUGGCCCAAAUACUCUGAUAUCAACGAUAUCAAUUCUGUAGAUGGAAAUUUUAAUGGUCAAGUUUUGGUUACAGCUGAUGACUAUGGAAUAGUAAAACUAUUCCGGUAUCCUUGUUUAAGAAAAGGAGCAAAGUUUAAAAAAUAUCUUGGGCAUUCAGCUCAUGUGACAAAUGUCAGAUGGUCACAUGAUCAUCAGUGGGUUGUUUCUAUUGGUGGAGCUGAUCAUUCUGUCUUCCAGUGGAAAUUUAUCCCUGAACGGAAGCUGAAGGAUGCUAUUCACAUAGCACCCCAAGAAAGUCUCGUUGAUUCUAACAGUGAUGAAUCAGAUUCAGAUCAAUCUGAUGUUCCAGAGCUAGACUCUGAAAUUGAACAAGAGACUCAGAUCACAUACCGUCGACAGGUUUACAAAGAAGAUCUACCUCAGCUUAAAGAGCAAUGCAAAGAAAAACGAAAAAGUGCAGCUUCUAAAAGAAGAGAGAGAGCUCCAGGGAACAGUAUAAGAUUACACUUUGUUCAUGGUUACAGAGGUUAUGAUUGUCGGAGUAAUCUGUUUUACACUCAGACUGGUGAAAUUGUAUACCAUGUUGCAGCAGUGGGCGUAGUAUACAAUCGGCAGCAGAACACACAGCGCUUUUAUCUGGGUCAUGAUGAUGACAUUCUUUGCCUUGCUAUUCAUCCCUUAAAGGACUAUGUGGCAACAGGCCAGGUUGGUCGGGAUUCCUCAAUACACAUUUGGGAUACAGAGACAAUCAAACCACUGUCAGUAUUAAAGGGCUAUCACCAGUAUGGCGUUUGUGCUGUUGAUUUUUCAGCGGAUGGCAAACGGUUGGCUUCUGUUGGCAUAGAUGAUAAUCAUACUAUUGUGCUCUGGGACUGGAAAAAAGGAGAGAAGCUUUCAGCAGUAAGAGGAAGCAAAGAUAAGAUUUUUGUUGUUAAAAUGAAUCCUUAUAUGCCUGAUAAACUGAUAACAGCUGGAAUUAAACACAUGAAAUUCUGGCGUAGAGCAGGGGGAGGACUGAUUGGGAGAAAGGGCUGCAUAGGUGCAAUGGCAAGAACUGAUACAAUGAUGUGUGCAGUAUACGGCUGGACUGAAGAGAUGGCAUUCUCUGGAACUUCCACUGGGGAUGUGUGUAUCUGGAGAGAUUUGUUUCUCAUAAAAACAGUCAAAGCACACGAUGGUCCAGUAUUUAGCAUGCAUGCAUUAGAAAAAGGAUUUGUAACUGGUGGAAAGGAUGGGGUAGUGGCUCUCUGGGAUGACACCUUUGAACGCUGUCUCAAAACCUAUGCCAUCAAACGAGCUGCUUUGGCCCCUGGCUCUAAAGGUCUCCUCUUAGAAGACAAUCCUUCUAUACGUGCCAUAUCGUUAGGACAUGGGCAUAUUUUAGUGGGCACAAAGAAUGGGGAAAUACUGGAGGUGGAUAAAAGUGGACCAAUAACUCUGCUGGUUCAGGGUCACAUGGAAGGGGAAGUUUGGGGUCUAGCCACCCAUCCUCAUUUACCUAUUUGUGCCACUGUAAGUGAUGACAAAACCUUAAGAAUAUGGGAUCUAUCUCCUAGCCAUUGUAUGUUAGCUGUUCGCAAAUUGAAAAAGGGGGGCAGAUGUUGCUGCUUUUCUCCUGAUGGAAAGGCAUUGGCUGUAGGUCUCAAUGAUGGAAGUUUCUUGAUGGUGAAUGCAGACACUCUGGAGGAUCUAGUCUCCUUCCACCACAGGAAGGAUGUUAUUUCAGAGAUUCGAUUUUCUCCUGGUGCUGGAAAAUACUUAGCGGUGGCGUCAUGUGACAGCUUUGUAGACAUCUACAAUGUAAUGAGCAGUAAGCGAGUGGGAAUCUGCAAGGGUGCCUCCAGUUACGUAUCACACAUGGACUGGGACAUCAGAGGGAAGCUUUUACAAGUCAACACUGGUGCUAAAGAGCAGCUGUUCUUUGAAGCUCCUCGUGGGAAAAGACAGACAAUUCCCAAUUUGGAGGUUGAAAAAAUUGGCUGGGCAUCAUGGACAAGUGUUCUGGGCUCUUGCUGUGAAGGAAUCUGGCCAAUAAUUGGGGAAGUCACAGAUGUAACUGCUUCAUGCCUCACCAGUGAUAGUAAAGUCUUGGCCACAGGAGAUGAUUUUGGGUUUGUGAAACUUUUCCGAUUCCCUGCUAAAGGAAAAUUUGGAAAAUUUAAGAAGUAUGUGGCCCAUAGUACACAUGUAACAAAUGUUCGUUGGACUCAUGAGGACAGUUUGUUGGUCACUGUCGGAGGGGCAGACACCUCUCUAAUGCUGUGGACCUAUGAGAUGGAGGGACAUCGGGAGAGUAGGCAGUGUGAUAGUGAAGAAUCUGAUCUAGAUUCUGAGGAAGAUGGAGGUUAUGACAGUGAUGUGACACGAGAGAAUGAAAUUAAUUACACCAUCAAAGCCUUAUCAACAAACAUCAGACCAAUGUUUGGAAUUAAGCCUCAUCUGCAACAAAAGGAGCCAUCACUAGAUGAAAGGCAAGGGGUAGUAAGAGGUUCCAGACCACCAGUUAGUAGGGCACUGCCACAGCCUGAAAAACUUCAGACAAAUAACGUUGGCAAAAAAAAGAGACCAAUAGAGGAUCUAGUGUUGGAGCUGGUAUUUGGAUACCGAGGCAAGGACUGCAGGAACAAUGUUCACUAUCUGAAUGAUGGUGCUGAUAUAAUUUAUCAUACUGCAUCCGUUGGGAUUCUGUAUAACGUGGCAACAGGCUCUCAGUCUUUUUACCAGGAACAUAAUGAUGAUAUUCUGUGCCUCACUGUAAAUCAGCACCCCAAAUUUACCAACCUUGUGGCAACUGGCCAAGUAGGAGACUCAGCAGAUAUGUCAGCUACAGCUCCUUCUAUCCACGUGUGGGAUGCAAUGAACAAACAGACACUAUCUGUACUGCGUUGCUACCAUUCAAAGGGAGUUUGUUCAGUCAGUUUCAGUGCCACUGGCAAACUUCUCCUCUCUGUAGGGCUGGAUCCUGAGCACACCAUUACCAUUUGGAAGUGGCAGGAAGGUGCCAAAAUUGCCAGCAGAGCUGGUCAUAACCAACGUAUAUUUGUAGCAGAAUUCAGACCGGAUUCAGAUACCCAGUUUGUUUCAGUGGGAGUAAAACAUGUGAGGUUUUGGACCCUUGCUGGAAGAGCUCUUCUCAGUAAAAAAGGGCUACUGAGUUCAAUAGAAGAUGCCCGGAUGCAGACCAUGCUAUCUGUAGCUUUUGGAGCUAAUAACUUGACAUUUACAGGUACCAUCAGUGGAGAUGUUUGUGUUUGGAAAGAUCAUGUGUUGGUACGAAUUGUGGCCAAAGCUCACAAUGGGCCUGUGUUCACAAUGUACACUACACUAAGAGAUGGUCUAAUCGUAACAGGAGGCAAAGAAAGACCAUCAAAGGAAGGAGGGGCUGUUAAACUAUGGGAUCAGGAGCUGAAGCGAUGUCGUGCCUUCAGAUUGGAAACAGGACAGAUGACUGACUGUGUUCGUUCUGUGUGUAGAGGCAAAGGAAAAAUUCUUGUUGGGACAAGGAAUGCUGAAAUAAUUGAAGUUGGAGAGAAAAAUGCAGCAUGUAACAUUCUAAUUAAUGGUCAUAUGGAUGGACCUAUCUGGGGACUGGCUACACAUCCUUCAAGAGAUUUUUUCCUUUCUGCUGCAGAAGAUGGGACAGUGAGACUCUGGGACAUUGCUGAAAAGAAGAUGCUGAACAAAGUCAGUUUGGGACAUGCAGCUCGUACUGUUUCUUACAGUCCCGAGGGGGACAUGGUGGCUAUUGGCAUGAAAAAUGGAGAAUUUAUUAUCUUGCUGGUGACCUCUCUAAAAAUAUGGGGGAAAAAAAGGGACAGAAGAUCUGCUAUCCAAGACAUAAGGUUCAGUCCAGAUUCUCGUUACUUAGCAGUGGGUACUAGUGAGAAUGCAGUGGAUUUUUAUGACUUGACAUUGGGUCCCACGCUAAAUCGAGUUAGCUACUGCAAAGAUAUCCCAAGCUUUGUUAUCCAGAUGGACUUCUCUGCAGAUAGUCAUUUUCUCCAGGUCUCUACUGGGUCUUACAAAAGGCAGGUCUAUGAAGUGCCUUCGGGAAGACAGCUUAUGGACCAGGCAGUGAUUGACAGAAUAACAUGGGCCACUUGGACCAGUAUUCUAGGGGAUGAAGUAGUUGGAAUCUGGUCCAGGCAUGCUGAGAAAGCUGAUGUGAACUGUGCCUGUGUCUCUCACUCUGGAAUCAGCCUUGUAACAGGCGAUGACUUUGGCAUGGUCAAGCUGUUUGACUUUCCAUGUCCUGAAAAAUUUGCAAAACACAAGCGAUUUUUAGGUCACUCAGCCCAUUUGACUAAUAUUCGAUUUACAAGUGGGGAUAAAUAUGUUGUCAGUGCUGGAGGGGAUGACUGCAGCUUAUUUAUCUGGAAAUGUGUGCAUAUGCCUCAUUAAGAGUGACAUGGAACCUUUGCAAAGAGGACACUGCGGAAAAUUACAGGCAUGAAAGACCCAUGAGUGCAAUGAGACAUUCUACAGUGCCCUGCAUGCUUAAGAAAUGGUGCUGAUCUAAGACAGACAACAAUCUGUCUCUGAAAGACAAGUGUCUAGAGUCUAUCAGAAGGAUAGACUAUAACAAAUAUGCUGCGCCCCUUAGAUUUGCUACAGUAUUGGAUAAUCCAUGUGUGGAUUGCACUCACUGCCAGAUGUUGAAAAAGAAACACAUGGAUAAAAGGAAGAAGUGAGUUGUGGAUCAAUGUAUAGUUUCCCAAUAAGACAGUGGGGUUUUAAUCAAGAGAUGUUAUUUCUGACCUAAUGCUGUAUGUGAUGCAUUUAUUAUCAGCACGAAUGUGUUUCCUUUAAAUUCUGGGGAUUGAAUAUCAUUGAAACAGAUUACUCCUUUUUUUUUUAAUUACUGAAAGAAAAACCAUCUAGCAGUUCUUAAAUAAAACUACACAGUAUUUUAAUAAAAGAUUAAAGUAAUAAAAUGGGAUAUGACAUUUCUAUGAAUAGUCAAAAAAUGAAGCAUUGUCUGGUGAAGCAGUAUUAGUAAAGUUUGCUCCUUAGACCUGCAGUAUUCAUGUGCUUAGAGGCCUGGGUCAUAAUCCUGUCUGAUGAAUGCUGUUAGGCAUGCAUGAACCCAUUCUUCAAGGCUAAUUUAGUGAUUUUGUUGCACUUAAACAUUAAAUUAGUUCCAUGAGCAGAAACAGAUUUGCUCACUUUGCGAGUGCCUUGCCCACAACCUAAAAGUCUAACUCCAGUUUUUGCCUUGUGAUAAAAGUGUUCUCAGUGGAAGGGAGAUUAAACUUGACUGAGCUGCUAGCCUCUUUGCUGGAAAUAUGAAAUAAGAUAAUUUUAGUCUCUUUAAAGACUGGGGUCACCAGUUGCAAAAACAGAAUUUCACAGCAAUAGGAAUUGUUGAUUUUUAUUUUCUCAGUAUCACUUGGAGGAUGCAGAGAGAACAUAAUCUUUCCAAACACUGGUAUUUUGUACAUUCAGAUUUUUUAACUGGAAUAAAACUAGUUGGAAGAGAUCUUUAUUCAGCUCUCUCUUCUGAUUGUAAUGUACCAUCCAGUCAUAACUCUUCUUUAAGUAAGCAUGAAUGUUAAGGAUAUGGGCCUGCUUGUAACCCUUAGCAUAGGAACGUAUUCUAAAUGGCAAAAUAACACAGACUUAAGCAUUUUUAGUGAUGAUAAACUCCAGGAGAAAGUUGCAUUUUUGGUGAAACUAGAGAAGACUGCUUCAAUUGUUUGUUUGAAAUGAUCAAGCAGUGGAGGUGUGCUGUGGGCUAUAUCUGUUUUUUAAGGAGUGCAGUUAUUUUUCAUGCAACAUGAAAGGGAGCAAAAGUAACUAGCUCACAGGUUGCAUUAACGAAGUGCUAUUAAAUGUGAGUAGUAUUGCUAUGGUCACAGUUGUUAUUGUCUACUUAAAUCAGCGUUUGUUAAGGAUGGCAUUUGAUUCCAGAGUUGAGAUAGCAUAGCUGUUGUUAUUCACCUCUUUUAUCAUUUUACUCCAAGUAAAUGUAAAAAUGAAACAAAUAAACCUCAGCACCCACUGUAAAUAUCUUGUGUGUGUGGUGGGGAGAAAAAGACAGAUUGCAUAGAGUAGAUGAGAAACUAAGAAGAGACUCAGCCAGACCUCUGUACUCCUCCAUGUCCAACAAUGCUUGCUGUUAUGUAAUAUAGGACCUACCAAUUUCACCCCCCUGAAAAACAUGUCACUGACUGUGAAAUCAGCCAUCUCCCGGGAAAUCUGUUCUCCCCUGCUGCAGAGAGCCCAGGGCUCCUAGUUGCUAUUCUGCCCACGCUGGGAAGGGACAGGAGUUGUCCUUCCCCUGCACUGUCGCCCUUGGUGAGGAGAUCAGACCCAUCUCCUGAGGCAGUGCAGAAAUGAGAGUGGUACAUCCUCACUUCUGUGCUGCAGCAGCUCAGGAGCUGGGCUCUGGGUUUCCAUCUCCCCUUCCCAGGGCUCCUGCAAUAGCACCAGGCAGUGAGCUCGGGGCUUCUUCCCACAGUGGAGCUUGCUGGGCUGGGGGCUUUUGCUCCCAGUGGCUGCAGCUGGGGCAGCCUGGGCUCUGGCUUCACCACUGGGAACCUCCUCUAACUGCAGGAAGCUGGCAGGGUGCUAAUCUUGGGACCCCCUACAACAACUUUGCAACCCUUUCUCCUGCCCAUUCCAUUUUGUGUGUGGACCCUCAGUUACAGCAUCCUGAAAUUUCAGAUGUAAACAUCUGAAAUCGUGAAAUUGACCAAUUUUAAAACCCUCAGGCUGUGAAAUUGACCAGAAUGGACCAUGAAUUUGGUAGGGCCCUAGUAAUAGUCAAUACUAGUAACCCAACAAAUAAUCUUAUACACUGUUUCCUAUAUCUAACUAGAGUUUCUUUUACAAUAGAAAAUGUACGGAUCUAAUAUCAAGUGUCUCAGGCAGGCAGGAUUUGGAACAGAUGAGCUAUUGCCAUUACUACUAGAGUACGAUAGCUUCACUAACCACACAGCUGCUGUUCAAGGUGCUAGGACUAGGGUCUGUGCUAGGGUACACCACUGACUCAGUGGAAGUGUACCUGACUGACACAGAUGUGAGAUCAGUGCAGCAUUACUCUCACUGCCCAUUAUUAUAAUAUAAACAUUAAUAGUUAGCAUUUAUCUACGCUAGAGAAGUCAAUUGUCAGUGUAGUAAUCUAUUGUGUUGCACCCUUUGUUCUGCCACUAAUUCAGUGCAGCUAUACUACACAUCUGAACAUGGUGUAAUUUGGCCUUGCAUCCAUGCUAAGGCUGCCUUACACCAGUUCAGAUGGGGUGAGUGUCAAAAGCUCCUUUAGCUAGUGAACCUCUUUAAAUUGCCAGCUGAAAGUCUUCUUUCUGUGUCUCACCAUCUACUACAAAUCCUAUGCCCACUAUCCCCCAGUAAGUCUUCAGCCUGUGAAUUGCACCCACCCUAUAUUUCCCCAGAGUAUCUUCGUCUCACACUAACCAUUCCCUUAUCACCACCUUCAGCAGUGCCCAUGCUACGGCUGUGCCACUCCACUGCUAAUUUGCCGGCUGACACUUUUGCACUGACGAACCACAGAGGUACAUCAGAGCACAAAUACCAGCACACAAUGCACCCACAAAUCACCACUAGGGCUGUAGCAGGAGGUGCACAACAGCUAUCUAUACUCCCUCUACCCCCAAACUCCUGGAGCUGGAGAGAAUAGUGUCUUAGCUGAAGAUCUGUGGGGGUAGAGUGCAUGUUCCACAAGCAAACUAAGGCAGUUCAUUGCUGAAGAGUUUUUGUCUUUGACAGCAGUGGAAACUGACAGCUCACCAAUGUGCUAGUGGGAUGUGUCUACACUGGCACACAAGUCAAUUGUGCCUCAAUUAGUGUUUACACUCACUAAUGUUAGUGGCGUAAUUUCAAUCAGAUGGGUACCAUGCUGCUAAGUGAAACGCUUCUGCAGUGAAUACAAGGGCCAAUAGCCUAUGGGACAUUAUAACUGCCCACUGGUGCAGAAAAAUGCCUACUGUGCUAUGAUCAUCUAAACCUGGAAAGAAGAAUGUGAAGGGCUGAGUGUAGACUGGUUCUGGAAGUAUGGUGGUCUGGAGGCAAUAAUGGGGUUGGGGAAGGAGUCUUUCCCUUAGCUAUGCAGCACCAACAGGGGCGGCAAUGAGCCCCCAACUCUUUUUUUCAUAUCCUGCCACUCAAUCAUGCAGGUUCAUUUUCUAGUUUGCAAUUAAUCCAACUGUAUGAUACUUUUAAGGGCCGGAAGGUAAUCUCUUUUAAUAUUACUAAACUAGUAAACCCCUUAUACAAGUGAAAGAAUAACCCCUGCAAGUCUAGAUACCCAUGAAUCCAUCUGUUAUUGAAAAGUAUUUAAAGAGAAAACCUGAUAUCCUAUGCCCAGAUUGGAAUUCUAAAAAAAAUCAUCUCAGACUUAAACAUGACCCUAUUGUAGUCAAAAGAGCCAAGAUGUGUGGAAAAGGUUGGGAAGAACUAAUGAGCCAACUAUAUUGGAUCAUUUUAACCUUAAAUGUCUCAAUUUUUCCUUUUUCAACACAUGAUCACUGGACACCAUUAUUUGGAUCCAUGAAGGGGUUGCGGGAAGAGCAACUUAGUUUAGCACUCCUUUCCAGUAACUGAACAUAUGCACCAAUAAAGUCAGUAUUUAGCUGGAACAAAAAUCUUAACCAUGAGCAUAAUCAAAAGUUGCUAGCUGAAGUUACCCUAAUUACAGAAAUCUGGUUAAUGCUGGCUGAUACCUGCACCACCUGAAAAACAGCACACAGCACCCAAAUAAUUAUCUACAUGCUGUAAGUGGAUAACAAGCCCUCAUCGUAUGGAAAGCUGAGCUAUUUGGUUUUAAUAUAUACUCUUCUUAUAGCAGCAAAGUGACAUGUUUUCCUGUUUGAUUUAUCAGCGUAGUAGAUGCAGCAAGCCUUAAUUUUUGUCAAAAGCAAGUGGUUUUGGGUUAGCGUGUGUACAACAGACAAAUGUCUUGUUGCUAACUGUUUUGGAUAGUGAGUGACUCAUUCUGUGGCCUUCUUCCUGAAUGUACCAUGCCUAAACGAAGGGAAGAAAAAACUAUUGCAGGUCACACUUUAAACUGCCAUAUUAGUCAUAGUAACCAAUUUGAUUGAGCAGCCCUAGCUGUGUUUCACGUAUAUGCUCUUUCAUACCUACAGACUUUCCUGCCUCUUGUCAUCUGUUUUUUUUCCCCUGAUGUUUACAGUACUGUUUGUUUUUACUUAUCUGGAUAAAUACGUGAGCACGCCAAAUCCUACUAUGCACUCUUUGUACCAAUCACUGUGGUAUUGUCAGACCAAAUCCUUUUCUUGAUUUUGGUCCUCUUCAGCUUCUAGUCUUAAACCAAACUGGUCUUGAAUACCUGAUUGUUUGGGAGAAAGAAAACUGGGUUCAUAAUACGGAGAGUGGCUGCAACAGAUCUGCUUACCAAAUCAUUCACAAAUAACUGAAUACAAUCUCAGCAGUUACUGAGGGGUUUUUUGGUCACAUCUACUUGAGUUAUCUAUAGUAAAGCCUCUAAUCAGGAUUGGGCUCCUAUUGUUAUAGUCAAUGUAAAAAGAACUAGGAAGACAGAGUCCAACCCCCAACUAUAAAAACAAGGAAGAUUGCGGGGGAGGAGUAAUGGCAUACAAUAUAUGAACAUGGUAAUGACAAGCAAAAGUUAAUUCCACUUCUUUAAUUAUGGAGGAUGUGCUGAAGGAAACAGCAGGAGGGAAAGAGUAAAUAAGAACAGUGGGGUGGGCAGAAAAGGAAAUAGUAAGGAAGGAAAGCUGGAGAGUGAGGUUGCAAAAGAAGUGACAAGCAGAAGGGGCAAGUGGUCAAUGAGUCAAACCACCAACCAGCAGAUGAAAAAUACCCAGAUUUCAAACUGAAAGAACUGACAGCUGGUGAAGUGGCAGCUGCGAGGAAAGAACCCAUCUGCUAGUUUAAGUGGAAAGUUACUGGGCAUUGCCCCACGCCUUUGUUCCUGGGGAAGUCCCAGCUGCUUCCAAGGGGUAACUUGAGGCUUGGGAGAGCCUGCUUUACUACCCUCCAGCCUAUGUGACUAAAAGGAAUAAACAAAUACAUUAUGUUUUACCCACACUCCAAAACUGGGGUUAUUUUAACUGGCCUAACCUGAUAGUGUCCAGGUUUCAUAUUGCUGAAUAACAGGGGUAUUUAAACUUUUCUUUAGGAGAAAAUAAACCAAAGAAUUGUGAAAUUCCAUCAGAUGUUUCAUUUUGAAAAUGGUAACCAUGAUCUGCCAGCACAAAUUACAGUUGCUUAGAAGGAGGGAGAUGCACAAAUCUUGCUAAUGAGCCUGUACUCAUUAGUUUUUGUUUAAAUUACUGACAAAUUAUAUUGAGAUUGGAGUUACGAUUGAGUACAAAUCAGUAAUUUAAGAAUUAAAAAAAAUUACAGGGCUUUUGUGAUCAAGAAGCAAAUAAUUAAACUCAGGAGAGAGUUUAAGGCAUGAGUUAAAAUAAAUAGUCAAAAUGUGUGAAGGUAUGGAAAUUUAGAGUCACCCAAACAACCUCAACUCUGCCCUAUAGUGACACUAUACAAUAACCAUACACUUAUGAUGAAUGCAUAAAUGUUUGAAGUCCUAAAUUUGAUUAAACUGAUUUUAAAUACUCCCCCUCCCACCCCAAAUGGUGAUACUAGAAGACAGAGUUAACAUUUUGUGUGUCUUAUCCAUACCUUAACACAUUUAGAUUUCUCUUGUACUUAAUUCCCAAAACAAGCAUUCCAAACCCAGGAAAUUCAGAUUUAGGUUGUUACAAGAUUCCAGUAAUGGUUUUACCUCUAAAUUACUGCUAUAUACUGUCAAUCUUAUCUUUAAUAUAGAUUCUUUCGUGGAAGUUUAUUAUUUAAAAUGUCAUAGAAACAAGAAACCCAAAGAGAAUGUUGCCAUUUAAUAUUUUUAAUGAUUUGAAGAUGGGUCGUAUCACCUUUAAAUCUUCUAGGACCAGAUUUACCAGAUAUUCUUGCUGUUAAUCCCACACAGGAGCAGUGCAAAGCAACUAGCGUGAACUAGUUAAUUUCCCCUAACACAUAAACUCCACAUUCCCCAGAAUGCACCCAUACAGAAACGUCCCCUAUCCCUUCCCCUCCAACUUCCCAUGCACACCUCUCCAGAAUUUCCCAUACCUGUUGAGUCAAUCUGGUGCAACAGAUAGUUCUUUAAAACAAGUUUCAGGGUUAGUAUUCAUUUUCUGAGUAGCAGCCGUGUUAGUCUGUAUUCGCAAAAAGAAAAGCAGUACUUGUGGCACCUUAGAGACUAACAAAUUUAUUAGAGCAUAAGCUUUCGUGAGCUACAGCU